GCGAGGAGCGGCUUCCCACACACUCAUGGGGGGAAACAACAUUUUCCCCGCGGCUCUGUGCCUGGCCGGACUGCUCUGCCUAUUGCAGGUUUUGCCAUCACUAGGCGAAUCUCCUUCAGAAUGUCGUCCCGGCUUCUCCUCCAAUGAGUUUAUUUUCGCUACGGAGCGCAGAGAGCUCAAGAAGGACAAAAAAUUGGGCACAGUGGAUUUUGUUGACUGCACAGCACGAAAACACAGCAGAUAUGAUGUGGGAGACUCUCGAUUCUUGGUGACGGAGGAUGGCGGCUUGAUCCCAAAACGGCAUGUCGCGCUUCAUGGGCAUGAAAUAAAGUUCCCGGUCACAACGUGGGAUGCACAGGGAAAUAAAUACUCUGCUACUGUUACUAUAAAGAGACUACACAGAUCUAAAGAGAAAAACCAUCGUAAAGGCAGACAUUCGGUGCUGAUCUUCCCAGAGAAGCAGGCUGGCUUGAAGAGAAGGAAGAGGGACUGGGUCGUCCCACCCAUCCAGGUGUCUGAAAAUGCCAGGGGGACUUUCCCAAGGCCCUUGGUACAGAUUAAAUCCAACAAAAAUGUGAAGAUUUUCUACAGCAUCACUGGACAGGGUGCAGACACUCCUCCCGUGGGUGUGUUUACCAUAGAGAAGGAGACCGGCUGGCUGCAGGUAACGGGCCCAUUGGAUCGAGAGAAAUACGCUUCAUACAAGCUGCAAUCUCAUGCGGUCUCUGAAAAUGGUCAGCAGGUGGAAGAACCAAUGGAUAUUACAGUCGUUGUCAUUGAUCAGAAUGACAACCGACCCCAGUUCACAGAGGCAGUAUUCCGGGGCUCUGUGAGGGAAGGCGUCCAGCCAGGUACUCCUGUGAUGAAUGUAUCUGCAACUGAUGCUGAUGAUCCUACAACAGCAAAUGCUAUACUUGCUUAUUCCAUUCUAAAGCAAAUUCCGGAGGAGCCAAUAGCAGGACUUUUUACCAUCAACAGUGUCUCUGGGCUCAUCAGUGUCAUUGCAGCAGGAUUGGAUAGAGAGAAAGUUCCAGAGUAUACCCUGAUACUUCAAGCUGCAGAUAUGGAAGGGGCAGGUCUGACUAAUACUGCAACUGUUAUAAUCCAGAUAACAGACUCCAAUGAUAAUGCACCUGUGUUUGACCCUGUCAAGUACACUGCCCAAGUGCCUGAAAACGAAGUGGGCUUUGAAGUUCAGAGACUGUCAGUAACAGAUGAUGACGAAAUCCACACUCCUGCUUGGCGAGCGGUUUACAAGAUAAAGGGCGCCGAUGCCAGCUUUUUCUCAAUUACUACUGACCCAGCUACCAACGAUGGCAUCCUUACUACAGCCAAGGGUCUGGAUUUUGAAACCAGGAAGCAGUUUGUUCUGCAGAUCACCGCGGAGAACGAGGAACCUUUUACUGUCCCCCUGCCGACAGCAACGGCCACAGUCACUGUAAACGUGGAGGAUGUGAAUGAGGCCCCGUUCUUUGUUCCUACUGUCAGCCGGGAGGCAGUAUCGGAAGACCUUCCUCUUGGGAAGAACAUCAUUGCGCUGGUUGCUCAGGACCCUGAUAAGCAACAGAACCAGAAACUCAGGUACAAAAUUGGGAAUGAUCCAGCUAAGUGGGUUUCUGUGAAUGAAGACACGGGCAUUGUCACUGGCAACGGCAACCUGGACAGAGAAUCGGACUAUGUCAAGAAUAACACUUACACAAUCAUUAUGAUGGUGAUUGAUGAUGGUAUUCCAUUUGCCACUGGCACCGGUACACUCAUCUUGCAGGUGCUUGAUGUGAAUGACAAUGGUCCUGCCCCCAGUCCACGAGCCUUCACAAUGUGCAGCCGGAACCCAGAGCCCUUUGAGCUGACAGUUAGUGAUGCUGACCUUCCUCCAAACACCUAUCCCUAUGAUGUAGAGCUGACCCAUGGAUCUGAACUCACCUGGGCGGCUGAGAUGAAAGGAACAGGAACUUCCAUGACUCUCGUUCCCAAAGAAGAGCUGAAGACUGGGGACUAUAUCUUGUACGUUCGUUUAUACGAUGCUCAGAAGCGAGCCCAACUCACGGUGGUAAACGCAACGAUCUGCAACUGUGAAGGGAAGGCUGUCAACUGUAAUUACGACAAAAUCAUUGCAGGGGUCGAUCUGCCUGUGAUCUUGGUCAUUCUUGGAUCCAUUCUAGCUCUGCUAAUUCUCAUUCUACUGUUGCUGCUGUUCUUGAAGAGGAAGAAGGUGGUGAAGGAACCCUUACUGCUCCCAGAAGAGGAUACCAGGGACAAUAUAUUUUACUAUGGAGAAGAGGGUGGUGGUGAGGAAGAUCAGGACUAUGAUCUGAGUCAGCUCCACCGAGGCCUAGAUGCUCGACCUGACGUCAUGAGGAACGACGUGGUCCCCACUUUGAUGCCGGCACCACACUACAGACCACGGCCAUCAAACCCCAAUGAAAUCGGGAACUUUAUUGAUGAGAAUCUGAUCGCCGCAGAUAAUGACCCCACCGCUCCACCCUACGACUCUCUCCUCGUCUUUGAUUACGAAGGCAGCGGGUCAGAGGCUGCUUCCCUCAGUUCUCUGAACUCCUCCAAUUCCGACCUUGACCAGGACUAUGACUGCUUGAACAACUGGGGGCCCCGCUUCCGGAAGCUGGCAGAUAUGUACGGAGGAGAAGACGAUUAAGGUCUCAGGGCGGGCAGUUGUGAUCUGUCCAAAUGGAACUCGUAACCCAUCGCCUUAAACACAAACCCACACUGGUCAAUUUUGAUUUUGUGCUUAGCAAGUACUGAAGAACGUAUGCCUUAUUUUGUAUAUAUGGCCGCCGGCAUGUAAUAUUCUUUAGAGCUCUCGACACAGUCCUUAGCACAUUGUUGGCCUCAUGCCACAAAAGACUACUAGACCCCACAAGCUCAGUGCCUGCUACAAG